AUAUUUUUAAGGAAAUGGAAGACGACUUUGAAUUUGUUACAAACAGUAACCCACACCUGACAAACCCUGACUCCCUUGGUAUUUAUAGCAUUAACCAAGUGGAAUCUUAUAGCGAUAAUACUUCCGUGUGUCCUAUCCCACCUGGCUCUCCAGCUUAUUCUUCUUCUAUGGCUAGUUCUCCGCGUGAGUUUUCCUCAACCCCAGUAAAUGGGUUCCAACAGGACCUUCCAUUUGAGCCGUAUCAUGACGAUCCUGAGGAGGCUUCAGCUACCCAACUGUUAUAUACUUCUUUUGACGGUCCCAUCGAUUCUGAUAAUGGAAAAUGUCCGAUAAACAUUGAAGAAGAUAAUGAAUUUCAUUCUAAUACCCAUGGCCACGACAAAAAUCAUGGUCACCAUCAUUGUGGUGAUAAUGUCAAUGUUAGAGCAGCUAUACUUCAUGUUUUGGGGGAUCUUCUCUCAUCGUUAGGCGUUCUAAUUUCAUCGAUAGUAAUUACGCUUGAUCCAAGUCAAUCAUGGGUUGAUCCAUUGUGUACAUUUAUCUUUUCUACUUUUGUUAUGCUUUCAACUGUUGGAAUAGUGCGAAGUAGCGUAAGAGUUUUAAUGGAAGCUACUCCGCCGCACAUCGAUGCUCAUGCUGUAAGGGCUGAUUUAGAGGAAAUUCCUGGUGUAAAGAGUGUUCAUGAUUUACACAUAUGGGAAUUAACUGUUGGAAGGCUUCACCCAUAUGAACCAGAAAUUCAACAAGAACCUUUGAAGCCCACUGAAAUAUUAGCGAAGGCUAGACGUAUGUUGAAAAAUAAUUAUGGCAUCUUACAGGUGACUAUUCAAGUCGAAUAA